AUGGAAAUUGUUUUGCCCAAUGCAUUGGCAGUGGCACCGUCGCCCUCUCCAGUGGGAUUUUCUCCCAUGAGAUCACCACCAGGCACACCAAGACAAAGGCGGCAACGCCGCCGUUCUUCCAUGGAGGGAAGGAAGCAAUUUAGCAGUGGCUCUCUUUCGAAACCAUCCAUCAAUCCUCGUGCCUUGGUGAUGUUUUCAGAAACAGCAGCGCUGGACUUGAACUCAUCUCCUCAAAGGAAGACGCGACCGAGGAUGGCAUCACGGCAAUUAUCGCUUCCAGAAAGAGUGGCAAUGCCGCAAGAGGCUAUGGAGGAGUUCCCACAUUUGCCCAAAGAAUCUUGGUCUUUGCCAAAAAUCAAGAGUUUGACUUUGCCUCAACAAACAAGAUCCGCCCAUCGCCGCACAAGAAGUAUUCUAGAAACGGCACCCCCCAGCAGACGCAACUCUCGCCCCGACUUCUUUUUGGAAAUGAAUGAAUCAAUGGGCGAGACUAGUGGUAAGAGUGGUCGCUUGAAUUACAAUCAUGACGAUGAUGAUUGCAGUGACUUUGCUGUGCAACAAAAGCAACGCUACAUUCAUCCGGAGAUUCAAUCCACACCCCGCGCAUCUCAUUCCAAACCACACAGCAACCGUCAACAACGCCGGUAUUCAAUUUCAGAGACUAUCUCAACUGGCCAGGGGCUAAUUGUUUACAAACCGAGUACUGAAAUCUCGUCGGGUAGUACAAAUUGUAGCAACAAGAGACAACAAAGUUUGCAAUUUCCUCGAGAGAGUCUUGGUCCGCUGGAUUCCGAUGCACCCAAGUGGUAG